AUGGCGCCUUCGGCGGAGGCAAAGCGCCUUGAAAAUGUGGAGUCUGGAAGGGCCAAACCUAAGGAGGAGGUGCUGGCAGAGGCCAGUACUUUUGUCAGCACAAACGGUGGAGACCCCAGUGACCAGUUUUUAGUACUGGCUCACUGCAAACUUCAGUUUGGGAAGUACCAGGGUCAGAGAUUUAGAUGGCUCCUGGAAAACUCUCUGGGGUACGCAGUGUAUUUGGUGCUCAGCAUUUCCAAUGAGACAGCGCAGACAACCCCCCUGUCAGAAAAUAAACAACUGUUCCUACAGUACACUUCUCAAAUCAGAGAGAUGGCAGAAGAAGUGGAGAAAUAUCAGAGGAAGCAGGAAAUGCAAGCAGAAGCCCGGGCAACUGGAGACCAGGGCUGCUUGAUGGUGGAGUUUGGUGACUUCCAGGGCCGGUCCAUGAAGGAUGUUUAUGAGGACCAGAGCAAGGAGGCCCAAGCCCUCAUCAGGUACCUGGUUAAGGCAGAUGCCAGGCCCAAAACCAACAUGGCCAUUUUCAAGACAUAUGUCCUGAAAAGACGGGCUUCUGCUGUGGGCACCAGCAUACGUCAGCCUGCACCUCAUGCUGCAACCUCCAGUGCCUCUGCAACUCCACCUGCAGCUAUCCAAACUGGUGUACAGCAGACCGCCACUGUGAAAGCACUGUUGGCACGUGGCAAACAUUUGUCUCCUUCACAGUUGGCGAGAAAACUCAUGUCACCAGUUAAACACUAUCCAUUACUGCAGUCCACUUUACCUCCUCCAGCAGCAGAACCCCCAGCCAAACAUUUGGCCCGAAUGCAGCUUUUUGCUACUGGCACUUCCGUUCCCACUGUUGAAGAUGACGAUGAGGAGCUGGUAUUUGCUGCAUCACAAUGUGAAGCACAGCUAAAUACAGAAUUAUGUCACAACAUGCCUCAAGCGGGAUGCAUUCUUUGA